AUGCACGCGCUGCCCGGCCUGGACGCGCCCCCGGUGGAGCGGCUUCUGUCCCGGGGAUCGGACGCGGCGGGGCCGGUGCGCGGGAGCGCCGUGGAGAGGCUGGCAGCUGACCGCGCCAAGUACGUGCGGGGCCUGCCGGGGGCAGCCAGGGAUCCCGCCUCAGAGGGCAGCAGCCCUGGGACGGGCGAAGGGCAGGCGGUCGGCCUUCGGCCCCCGGCUCGCGCUCCUGGCGCCGUGGCGCGCAGGGCAAUAGCGCGGAAGCCGCUGAGGCCGGACUCGUUGGUCAUCUACCGGCAGAAGUGCGAGUUCGUGCGUGGGCAGGGCACCGACAGCUUCGGGGGCGGUCUGGUGAAGAAGCUCUUCCCGGGGCCGGGCAAGGACAAGACGUCGGCGUCCCUCGAGAAGUCCCCGGCAGGAGGGGAGGGCAUGGUCAGGGGAGAGGAGGUAGCGCCAACCAAGCCCAGCCCCGCAGCGGCCCACGGUUCCCCCGCGCGUCCCAGCGGCCCGGCAGCGACCCCGGGAGCCGCAUCACACCCCAGCGGCCCGGCAGCGACCCCGGCGCCCCCAACGCGCCCCAGCGGCCCGGCAGCGACCCCGGCGCCCCCAGCGCGCCCCAGCGGCCCGGCAGCGACCCCGGCGCCCCCAACGCGCCCCAGCGGCCCGGCAGCGACCCCGGCGCCCCCAGCGCGCCCCAGCGGCCCGGCAGCGACCCCGGGACCCGCAUCGCACCCCAGCGGCCCGGCAGCGACCCCGGCGCCCCCAGCGCGCCCCAGCGGCCCGGCAGCGACCCCGGGACCCGCAUCGCACCCCAGCGGCCCGGCAGCGACCCCGGCGCCCCCAGCGCGCCCCAGCGGCCCGGCAGCGACCCCGGGACCCGCAUCGCACCGCGGCCCGGCUGCGCCCGGGAGCCCCGAGCCUCGAGUGACCAGGCGCAGGGGGCUGCAGCGCUCGCAGUCAGACCUCACCUCCCGCUACUCCAUGUCCGCGGCUGAAUUCGACGCCUUCUUCCAGUUCUGUGGCCUGGAUCCCGAGGUGGUGGAGGCGCUCGGGAGAGAGAACUUCUCCCCGGGGUCGGACCGUCUCGCCCUGAAGGUCCGCAGCGUGAGCAUGGCCACCUCCGACAGCGGGUUCUCCCGGCAGAGCGGCGACGACGAGGGGCUGCAGGAGGAGGAGCUGAUGGAUCAGGUGCCUGGCACCACCUCGGUCGUCGAGAGGAACGCGCGCAUCAUCAAGUGGCUCUAUACCUGCAAGAAGGCCACAGAGCCCCAGGGGCCUCGGCGCCAGGAUCCCGCGUGACCGCCUCGCCGGGAGGUGGGACCCAAGGGAGUGAGCCUUCCUGGCGGCGGGGCCCCUUGGGGCGUGUCCCGGAGGAUCCGAGACCCCAGGACCACGUGUGCAGCACGGGCUUUGUCCAGGGUGCCCCGGUGACCACAGGAACCGCACCGCGGGAGCUGGAGCAACUCCCAAAGGCCUGGGACGCCGUGGAGGAGAUGGGGGUCCCUGAGCCGAGGAAUCCAGGAGAGGCUGAGGGAGCGCAGCUGCGACCCAGCAGAGCUCCGGCAGGCGCCUCCUCGUCCGGCGGGCACCGCCCUGGCCUCCGCAGGGCGUCAGACGGGGGAGCUGUGUCCAGGGGCGUCUCUUUGGUUGGGGAGGAGGCACCAUGAUGCACUUUAAUGCACCUAGAUUGAUUUUAGAAAGAACAAAAGACCAAGAGCCUGAGAGCCAAGCGUGCCGCGGUACUUCGUGCUUCCAGUCAUCUCAGACCAGUUGGCACCAUUGAGUCAAAAUUCCGGACCCACGAGAAGGUGUCGUACUGGACACCUCCGCGCACACAUGGGCGCUCCUCAGCAUCAGGCCGUAAGCCAGGCCCUGGGCGGGGCCCGGGUCUGUUAAAAUCGCAGGCAGGCUGUGCGGUCUGCGGCUGACGCCCUCCCUACUGGGUCUUGGGCCGUGCAAAUGCUGCGGAAAGACAAGUGAGAAUGGAAAUACUGCCGAGAAAUACUUUCCUUGCACCGGGACAGUUUUUGAGAGGCGGCAGAACCGUCAGUGCCAGCAGCAGCUUCUGGCCUUUCAGUGCCGUUUGGAAGCUCCUCCGAGAAGGAGAGGGAGCCCCCG